UUUGCUUUUAAAUGUGAAUAAAAUGGAUGGUAUAUUUUUUGUCAUAUUUCUGACUUUUGUCUGUCAAUCGGUAACUUGGGACCCUAAUAUGUACCAGGAAUAUGUUGUCUCGGUUAUAUUCUACACAAAAACAGAUGUACAGAAUGUGAAGCAGGAACAACAGGUCCGAACUGUAGUGAAACAUGUGUUGAUGGUUAUUACGGCAGACGUUGUGUGGAACAGUGUUCUACAGAUUGCAAAGGAAUAUGCAACAAGGUCAACGGACGAUGCCCAGAACGCUGAACGGUUUGCACGGAACGACACGAAACGCUUUGGAGGUGUAGUAGCACGCUUCGGGACCUCUAUAUAUACAACACACGUCUUUUCCUAUCGGGUUCAUAGCAUCCUAGGAAUGUGCUGUACUGAUUAUAUCCUACAUAAAAAUAGAUGUAUAGAAUGUGAAGCAGGAACAUAUGGUGUAAACUGUAGUGAAACUUGCCCUGAUGGAUACUACGGCAGACGCUGUAAGGAACAGUGUUCUGCAGAUUGCAAAGGAAUAUGCAACAAGGUCAACGGACGAUGCCCAGUGGUAGAGGAGACAAGAGAACGAGUAACUCACAGUGUUUUGAUUGAGAGAGGGCAGGAAGGGGACGAAUUGAUGAACAAUGUUAAUCCUGGACUCCUCGCCUCACCAUCUAUACAAAGCGUGGUUAUCGUUUUAUCAUUGGUUGCCAUCGUAUACCUUUUCUACAAAUUCAGAAGAUUGCACGGAUUCUUAGCUCUAAAUCAUGAACAGAACAAUUCACUUUACACACCUGCAACCCAAGUUCAAGGACAGCUGGUUUUGUACACAGGACUACGUCAUCAAACAACAAAUCAAGGUGAUUCAGUGGAGGACCAGGAAAUCUAUAUUUUACCGAUGGUUACAGGACUGAAUGGAGAAAACUCUGGUUCUGUGUAAACGAUACACCGCAAAAUCUUGUAUUAUAAUAAACUCUGGUUCUGUGUAAAUGAUAGACCAUGAAAACUUGUAUUAUGACAAAAAAAAUAUUGAAUACAGCUUGCAUUCUGCGCGAACUGACACUCUAAAUCCAUUGGCUCAAAAGUUUUGCCAUGACUUUAUACUGACCGUUUAAUAGUAAGAAAAGGCCAAACCCACAAGGAACUUCUGACUUCUUCACUUCACAACGGAGUGCACGUAACAAACAAUCCCCGUUCUUUAUUACCCAUAAUCCAAAAAACCACGAGAUGCUUAGCACCGUGAAGCAGUGUUUUCCUAUCCUUCAACAGCUAAAAGCUUUAAAGAAACCAAACUACAUGUAUAUUAAAAUAUUAUUUAUAGUCGACAACUACUGCCGAACUUCAAGAAACUUCUGGUAAAGGCCUAAUCCACUUCAAAAUGGCACUACGUAUAAUUUCAAAAUUUCAGCGUUCCCACUGUGACACUAAUCUUUAUUUACAAACAUGAGAGAAAAAUUGAAUAUUUGAAAAUAAAAGAUGCGCUGUGUACAUAAAUGAAUAACACUGAUUCAGUGGACAAUAUGUCUGUUACUGAUGCUGUUAAACUCGUCACUGAAAGCCACGCUGUAGCUCGUAUGGUCAAACAGGAAAUGUACCCAAAGACACAUUGUUAAUGAUGGUGAUGGUAAUCUGACACUGGUGUCCAUUUAUGCAGUUUUGAUACAACUAUCGCAAAUGCAAACACAUAUGAACACAAACUCACAAACAUUGAAACAAACAUUGACGGCUAUAGGUACGAUUAUGUGAAAUUGAAAAUGAAAUUGCCAGCUUUAAUCAACUUUACAAUAUAAUAAAUUAUGUUAAAUACCAUGUAGAUAAACUUAGUAACAAUAUGAAGAACAUGGACGAUGACUUUAAAAAACAUGGAUUCAAAUGUAAGUGUUAUACGGAAUGUGUUCGACUCGGUGAAAUGCGCAGCAGAAACAAACAUAAGCGCAAUCUCGGAAUAAAGAUUAAACCAGCAUACUCAGUUACAGAAGACUUUGAGCCAAAGUGUACAGAGGAACUCGGUAAAAUCAGAGACAUUAACACAAAUCUACAAGUGUAAAGAGGAACUCUGUGGAAUCAGAGACAUUAACACAAUUUUACAAGAAAAAGUUACUGACGUAGAGGUCCUGAAUAUGAGGGACAAUCUUGUCUUCAUCGGAAUAGAGGAGAGAGUGGAAGACACGGAAGUAGAUCUUCAAGACAUCGUCAAGAGGAAAUUCCGACUGGACUAUGAAAUCUCCAUGGAAAUAGUACAUCGCAUUGGGAUAUGGAAUGAGUGAAACAUCCAAGAAAUAUUGUGGCCAAAUUCUGGUAUUUUAAAGAGAAAUAAAAUUGACGAUGAUAUAAAUCGUGGCAAUGAUUCUGACUGUAUUUCCAAGUGAUCACAGGCAAAUAUUAUUCACUUUUGAUUGAUGGUCAACAGUGCUUUCUUGAUUUUGAUUUUCUAUGUAGAGUUUACCUUGUACGAAUUAUACAUAGAUGUUUUCUUGACUGAAUGACAUGGUGUACAGAGAACACCUAAAACUUGGAACAAAGACACACUAGGCACCUGAUUCCCACCUCUGGUGUGUCCAGGGGCCCGUUUUUACCCAACUAUCUAUUUUCUAUUGCUUAUAGGAGUUAUGAGAUUGAUAACUGUUCGUUAUCUUCACCUUGCAUGAUUAUCAUUAUUUUUUGUAUCAUUAUCAUAACUAUUAUGUGUUGUUUUUCAUUAUUACAUGUGUUCUUGUUAUAUUGUUAUUAUUAUUGUAUGCGUAAUGAUAUCUAUUGCAUUUAUUAAUUUAUUACACAAUUGUCGAAUAUAUAGCAAUCUGAAGUUAAUAAAGGCUUGUCAAGAAAUGAAUAAUUGUCAUCAUUCAUCUUUUCAAUAUCAUAGUUUUAAGAACAAAUGUUCGAUUCCCUCCGCCUGGUUACUCCUCGCAAAAUAUUUCAACCCGGGUAAUAAUUGGUUUGUUAAUUAAAAUGAUCAGCUGCAAUCAGAAGUCAACUAGGACAUGGUUUUGUAAGCUAUACAAUAAUCAUAAUGAAAAC